AUGAAUUUUGAUCUUUCUAAAGUCCAACACUACAUAGAACACGCAAUAUCUUCUGUAAAACAAUGGCUCCCAAAAGACAGAAAGGAGCUUGAGUGGUGGAUAAAAUUUCGCCAGCCAGAAGACAUUCUUAGAAAGCAUGCAACAUUCCUGUAUUGUGAAAUAAUUUUCUACAUUAUUGGCUUUCUCACAUUUUGCCAUGCUGUUCGGUGUGGAGGCAGGUUUCUGUGGCUGUGGAUUGCUACUAUUUGUCAUGGACUGACGGUCGAGUCUCUGAGUUACUUUCUUCCAGACAUUGACAACUUCUGGCAUGCCCAGUCCAUGGUUAUGUUAUUUGGCCAACGCUUGCCCCUACACAUACUGUUUGUCUAUCCAGCAUUUAUAUAUGUAGCCUGUGUUGCUGUUUCUCACAUGCAUCUACGCUGGUGGGCAGAACCAUUUGCAGUUGGCUUAACUGUUGUGCUGUUAGAUAUUCCCUUUGACAUCAUGGGUGUCAAGCUGUUGUGGUGGACCUGGCAUGAUGAUGAUCCAAACAUUUUUGAUCGCAGCUACUGGGUGCCUUGGACUUCAUACUACUUCCAUGCUUCUUUUGCAUCUUCUUUCACAAUUCUCUUCUUUGGGUUGAGAACUUUGCUUUGCCGCCCUGGACUCAAAUAUCAAAGCCCAGGGUUUUUCUGUGAGCUGCCCAUCGUGAUCCUCACAGGACUGUUCUCCAUGCCACUAGGAGUGCUACAGUUUGCACCAGUUUAUCAUCCUCUGCAUGAUGCCCUUGGCAUCCACUCAGAAGUCAGUGUGGUUCUGUUCCUGACUUUGUAUGCUGUGAUUGUUUGGAGUGCUGACAGAAUUCCGUUUGACUCUGCAAGACUUUUGAGAAGUGACUGCUUCAGUCCAAUAGUUUUGGCAGUAAUCUUGCAUUAUUCCUUUUAUGUGUUCCUGGUAUUCUGGGCCAAGCCACAAGAGAUUGUUUCCAUUGGUUACCAUCAGCCUAUUGGAAAUUGUAAUGCUCCAGUUGAUGUGAAAACUCCUUUUGGGCAGGUGCUGAGCAAGAACAUGUAUUUGUGCAGAGACAGCUACUAUGAGGAUUACUUUGAUUUCAAGUGCUUGUCGAAGCCCCCGAAAGACUUAGCCGAAUGGUACAUGAUAUGUGGUACUGCCUAUGAAAACCAAUGGGAAUACAGGAUUGUUGUGUGUGCAUUCUGUGCUCUAGGGCUCUACUGGUUCUGGCAACUUUUGGGCAGAUCAGGUCUUCAGGCUCGAACCAAGGCAGUUCGAGGAAAACAACACACAGACUGA